AACAACUCCAUCUUCUAUAUAGCUUUGAUAGAUCUAAUUGCUUUCGUUCCACUGUAGAAACUUGACCUAGAUAUGCCUGGAAUGUUAGAUUUGGAAUCGAAAUAUGUUGUGAUGCUUAGGUAGCUCAAAACAAGUUACGGCAAUUAGGGUCAUUGUUGUAACAAGAAGGCUAAUGAUAUGGUUUUCCUUCUUUCAAAGAGGUUAAAGUUCAAUGGUUAAUGCAAUCAAAGGAGUGUUCAUCUCUUGGUUCGUUUCUCAAAGGUUAAAGUUGAUAGUGAACAUGAACAAUUCGAUGCCAUCGUCUCAGAGAUUCAUAAUUCAUGUACUUGAUAGUACUCACUUGUUUGUGCAGCCACAUGUUGAGCAGAUGAUUCGCAGCGCCAUUGCUGAGUUCAGAAAUCAAAACUCUUACGAGAAGCCUACUUAAGACCACAUCACCACCAUGCUUCUUCUUUUCAGAUUCGAAUAAACACUUCAUAAUUAAUAAGAUGGAGAGAGUUUGGCAAGAUUAGACUUACUCAUAUGCUUAUAGUGAAUAUUUGACGAAUUAUAUACUCUGUACCGGGUUUAGAAACAGUCUGUUUUCUCUGGUUAUGUUUGAUUAGGUGGAUAUUCAAAAUGAAAAAAAUUAGCCUUGUGAGAAACUCAUUGGCUAAUCAUGAUCUCACAGCAGAGAAAUAUCUUGCGGAUUCAAAUCUCCAUCUCUCGCAGUUGAGGAGUCCGCCGCCACUGACCUUGCCGGUAAAGAUCUAAUCGAUGGGACUACUCCUAUUCCCAUCUAGCUUUUGAUGAGUUUCUCUUUGCUCUAAGAAGUUGCAGUCUAGCUUUUGAAGUUCUCUACUGUGAUUUUGAGAACAAUAAAUCUGAGAAAGAAAAAGGUAAACAGGUUAUACAUUUAAAGAGUAAAUUUAGGUGUUUUUGUGUAAGUUUCUUCGUGAUUAGAGAUGUACAUCUCAUUUUUAAAGAUUUUUAAUUUGAAUAAUGUGACAAAUCUUAUAUUACUGCUUUCUACCAACCACUCUUCCGAAACAAAAUUAAACUAAGAAAACUGCUCGACGUGGGAUGGAAAAUAGAGAGACAACAAUGUAUACUCCACCGGAAAGCUUUGUUGUGGCUUACCUACCUUUAUUGUCUCUUUUCUUGUUGGAAAUUUAUGAUGCAAGGUUCCAAUAAGGAUAGGUCUUUCUUUCUUUUUAAAAAAAUUGAUGGAUGCAAUAUUUUUGUGGGACAUCUAUCAACAACAUCUAGGGUUUUCCAAACUUUUUAAAUAAUUGGACCAACCUUUCAAAAAUUUGUAACAUUCCACCAAGAAAAUUCAAGUUAGCCACUAAUAACUUAACAAACAACACACACAAAAUUAAUUUUAGAAACUUUAUACCACCUUUUUCUAAGCGCUAAAACUCCCUCCACAAUAAGAAAGCAAGUAAGUUCUGAAUUUCUAAUCGUUCCUCUCCUCUUUUUUUUUUCUAUUUACAAGACAUGACCAAACAUAAUUUCCUACCUUAAAUUAAAUUUACUAAA